AUGGUACCUGAAAUCAGGAAUUCCGCUUCUACAAUCAUAUACGUUCUUACGGUUAGAAUUAAGUCAAGAGAUAGGGGAGACGUAACCGCUAAUGGGUGGAAAAAAGGAAAGAGACGCCUUCUACUUGGCGUCCUUGUUGUUGCUCAUCAUCUUCUUAAACUCCUCGAAGCACACAUAGCCGUCCCCGUCGGAAUCCACGGACUUGAUCAUGCCGGCGCAAUCCUGCUCGGAGCAGCGCUCCCCGAGGCGCGUGAGGAUCUUGUGGAGCUCCGCUGCCGAGAUCCUACCGUCGUGGUCCUGAUCGUACAGCUCGAAGGCCUCCCGGAGCUCCUUCUCCGCCGAGCGGUGAGGAUCGGCGUCGCCGCUGCAGAAGGCGGCGAACUCCUGGAGGUUGAUGUGGCCGUCCUUGUCGGUGUCGAUCUCCUGCAUCAUGCGGGCGACCUCUUCGGGGGAGGUGGCGGUGAGGACUCCGCGGAGCUCGUCGGCGGAGAUCUUGCCGUCGUUGUUGGCAUCGAAGCGCUCGAAGACCUUGCGGACCUCGACCAUGUUCUCGAGGUAGAGGGAAGGCUUGGAAUCUGGGGUCGGGAUGAAGGUGCUCAAGGUAUUGAUUGCAAGUGUUCCUCCAUGCUAGUGAUACAUCAAACAAAACAACAUCAAAUUCUUCCCUUCCCACCAACACAACACAACACAUAUGAUUUAUGGACAAAGAAGAAAGUCCAUCACAUCACACCACAUCACAUCACAUCAGCAGUUGAUGCCGCACUGCUGGACAUCGGGCCCCGUGACCCGAGUCGUGAACGGGUCGACCCGUACCCAAAGCAGGGAGAAGAUGGAGGCAAGCAGGAUGGACCAGACGACGACAAUAGUGGGCGUUCGGUUCUGGCGGCCCAUCAACCCCUUAAGGAAAGGAUAGAGAUGAACAAUGACCCAAAACGCAAAGAAGAGCUUCCCAAAGAGUGGGCCCCACGACUGGUACCCACUAUUGAUGGCGUACGAUACUCCCGCCACCACCCCCACGAUGUUAACAAUGAGAAGAGUGGUCGGUGGGAUGAGUAG